CCGCCCGGUCCGGCCCGGCUCAGCCCGGAGCGCCUCGGUGCGUCCCGGUGCGUCCCGGUACUGCCCGGAGGGAGCCGCCGAGGCCGUGCCCGGUUGUCCCGGCGCUGUCCCGGCGCUGUCCCGGCGGUGCCGGUGGGGCCCGCUCCGGUCCGGAUGGUGCUGCCCGGGCCCCGAGCGGCGCCGUGAGCCCGGAGCGCUCCGCAUGGAGCCCCGCGGGAUGCCCGGGGCGCCCGUGCUCCUGCUCGGCUUCCUGCUCGCCGUCACCGGCGGCGGUCGCGUGGAGGUGCCGCGCAGCGUGACGGCCGUGCUGGGCCAGGACGUGGUGCUGCCAUGCCGGUACCGGGCGCAGGAGCAGGAGCAGGUGGUGCAGGUGACGUGGCUGAAGCGCGGCGGCGCGGGCGCGGUGCCCGCCGAGGUGGCCGUGCUGAACCCGCAGCACGGCGAGCACGUGCAGGAGCCCUUCGUGGGCCGCGUGCUGCGCCACGGGCACGGCGACCUCGGCGACGGCGCCAUCGUGCUGCGCAACGCCGUGCAGGGCGACGAGGGCGACUACGAGUGCCACCUGAUCACCUUCCCCAUGGGCAACUUCGAGGGGCGCCUCACGCUCAGGGUGCUCGUGCCACCGCUGCCCAUCCUGAACCCGGGCCCGCCGCUGGAGGAGGGCCAGGGCCGGACGCUGGCGGCCUCGUGCACGGCCGAGGGCAGCCCGGUGCCGUCGGUGCGCUGGGAGACCGAGGUGCGCGGCACCAACGCCACGCGGCGCUCGGCCCACGCGCGCUCCGCCUCCGUCACCAGCGAGUUCUUCCUGGUGCCCGGGCGCAGCAUGAACGGCAAGAGCCUCACCUGCGUGGUGGCACACCCCGGCCUGCGCCACGAGAAGAGGAUCACGCACACGCUCAGCGUCGCCUACCUGUCGGAUGCGUCGGUGCUGGGCCACACGGCCGAGUGGCAGGAGGGGAUGGAGGGGGCGGCGCUGACCUGCCUGGGGGACGGCAACCCCCCCCCGACCUACAACUGGACACGGGUGGAUGCGCCGCUGCCCGCGGGUGUCAGGGUCAAGGGGGACACGCUGCUGUUCCAGCGGCCGCUGGCCGUGGCCGACGCCGGUGACUACGUGUGCCGAGUGUCCAACCGGGUGGCCGCCAAGGAGGCCCGGGCCAACGUCAGCAUCCGGGGACGCGCCACAGAGGACACGGUGCGCCGCGUGGACCUGGUGUCGGCCUCGGUGGUGGUGGUCGGGGUCAUCGCCGCCGUCCUGCUCUGCGUCCUCGUCAUCGUCGUGGUGGUCAUGACCCUGUACCACAAACGCAAAACACAGCGCAUCUCCGAGAAGUACGAGGAGGAGCUGACGCUGACCCGGGAAAAUUCCAUCCGGAGGCUCCACUCCAGCCACAGCAGCGACCCCCGGGCACAGCUGGAGGAGACGCUGCAGCUGCGCACGGAGAGUCGCCAGGGCAGCCUGAGGGGGGACAGCCUGCGAGGGGACAGCCUGAGGGGGGACAGCUUGAGAGGGGACAGCCUGCGUGGCACCAGCAUCUGCUCCGCCAUGAGCGAAGAGCCCGAGGGCCGCAGUUACUCCACGCUCUCCACGGUGCGGGAGAUCGAGACGCAGACCGACGUCCCCGUGGUUGUCCCCGCUGUCCCCGCGGUGCCACCGGCGCCCGGCGGGAAGGAGCCCAAGGAGGAGGAGGAGGAGGGUGGGGGCGGUGGGGGGGACCCCAUCAAGGCGGCCAUGACGCACUUUGUGCAGGAGAACGGCAUGCUGCAGGCCAAGCCCAGCUCCAACGGCAUCUACAUCAACGGCCGCGGCCACCUGGUGUGAGCCGGGCCCCGGGGGGACACCAGGGGACACCUGGGGACACCUGGGGACAGCCAGCCCCCUUCGCACCCGCCCAGCUCUGUCCCCACUGCUCCUGUCCCCGGGUGUCACCUCCCUGCUGGUGUGGGGUCAAGGAUGGACUUCAGUCCCCUGGUGUCACCUCCCUGCUGCUGUGGGGCUGGGGACAAGGACAAUGUCCCAGGACUGUCACCUCCCUGCUGGUGUGGGGUCAAGGAUGGACUCUGGUCCUUGGUGUCACCUCCCUGCUGCUGUGGGGACAAGGACAGUGCCCCAGGACUGUGUCACCUCCCUGCUGGUGUGGGGACAAGGAUGGACGCUGGUCCCCAAGUGUCACCUCCCUGGCGUGGGGUCAAGGAUGGACUUCAGUCCCCCGGUGUCACCUCCCUGUUGGUGUCACCUCCCUGCUGUGUCACUUCCCUGCUGGUGUGGGGACAAGAUGGACUCUGGGCCCCAAGUGUCACCUCCCUGCUGGUGUAGGGUUGGGGACAAGGACAGUGCCCCAGGACUGGCUGUGGUCCCCAGGUGUCACCUCCCUGCUGGUGUGGGGUCAAGGAUGGACUCUGGUCCCCAAGUGUCACCUCCCUGCUGGCACAUGGAGUUGGGGACACCACCAAGCCCCAGGAGAUUCUUUGGUCCCCAAGUGUCACCUUGCUGCUGGCACAGGCUUGGGGACACCACCAAGGAGCUCAAGGACGUUCUCCAGUCCCCCAAGUGCCACCUUCCUGCUUCAGAGAUGGACUCUGGUCCCCAAGUGCCACCUCCCUGCCGUCACAGGCUUGGGGACGAGCCCCAGGACAAGCUCCUGUCCCCAAGUGUCCCCUCCCUGUUGGUGUGGGGUCAAGGAUGGACUCUGGUCCCCAAGUGCCACCUCCCUGCCAUCACAGGAUUGGGGACAAGCUCCUGUCCCCAGGUGCCACCUCUCUGCUGUCACAGCCUUGGGGACACCACCAAGUCCAGGACAAGCUCCUGUCCCCAGGUGCCACCAACCAGGGCCUGGGGACACUUGUGGUGACACUGGGGACCCCCAGGACCCUCCAAACUCCCCAGGACCAGGAGCCCCCGUGUCCCCCCCAAACCUGGGUGGCACUGGGGACAGCCAUGUCCCCUCUCCCAUGGAUUGGUGGCACUGGGGACAGCCGUGUCCCCUUUCCCAUGGGUUGGUGGCACUUGGGGACAGCCGUGUCCCCUCCCCCCCGGGUGGGGGAGGGGCUGUACAGCCGUGUAUAGACCCUGUAAAUAAAGGACCCGCGGGACUGGGACCGGUGUGACACCUUGGGGACAAUGGGGACACGGGAGGGACACCAAGUCACGUGAGUGACAGG